UUGAUUUAUACCCACAGAAACAUUAGCACAAUACUGGUUACUUAUAAUUAUCACCAAAGGAUGAUAACGGUUUUUAACUUUUCUUGACAUGUUCAACCAAAUUUCCAAUUCUCUCUCUUCCCUAAAACCUCUCAUUGUGAGGUUCUCUUAACAGAAACCCCACACCAUGCAUGCAUGGAGGGGUUACAAAAAAACUAAGGAAAAAGAAAAACGAAAAAAUAGCUGAAGGAAUGACCAGAGGAAAAAAAAAAUCACAAUCACAUUCCAUAGUUGCCUGAAACGCCAAAUUUUCAGCUAAGUUAUGGCCGCGGCUCCGCCGUCUCUCUUCUUCAUUAUCAUCACCGCCACCACCACUAUCAUCAUCACAUUGCCACUGGUAGUACAUUCCAUAUCAGAAGCUGAAGCGUUGCUGCGUCUCAAAAACUCGUUCUCUAAUGCUCAAUCUCUUGAUACCUGGGUUGCUGGCUCCGUUCCUUGCACUGAAGAUGAUAAUUGGGAAGGUGUUGUUUGCUACAAUGGCCUUGUCACCGGGCUUCGCCUUGAACAAAUGGGGCUGUUUGGGGAAAUUGAUGUUGAUGCGUUGCUCGAACUCCAGGGUCUUCGAACUUUAAGCUUUAUGAGCAAUUCAUUCUCAGGUUCCAUCCCGCAACUCAAUCGAAUUGGUUUCUUGAAAGCCAUUUAUUUGUCAGGGAAUAAGUUUUCAGGGGAAAUUCCUCAGGACUACUUCGCUGGAAUGAGGUCUUUGAAGAAAGUAUGGCUUUCUGAUAACCAAUUCGCAGGGAAGAUUCCAGUAUCUUUGGUAGAUAUUCCUCAGCUUAUGGAGUUGCAUCUUGAAAACAACCAGUUUAGUGGAACAAUUCCAGACCUGAAGAACCCUUCUCUGGUGAAACUCAAUGUUUCCAACAAUAAAUUGGAGGGUGAAGUUCCAGCUAGUUUGUUGAGAUUCGACGAUACCUCGUUUCAAGGGAAUUCUGGUAUUUGUGGUGAGAAAUUUGGCUCAUGUGAGAAGCCAAAGGAGAACACAACUGCACCGAAUAAUGCUGAGCCGAACAACAAUGGUGGUGGUGGUAUUGUUGUGCCUGAGGAAAAUAAGAGUUGGGGUGGCUCGAUGGAGAUUGCUGCGUUUGUGUUGGCGAGUGUAGUGGUUAUCUCACUUGUUGUCAUUUGCAUUGUGAAAUCAAUGAAAAAGAAGGAGAAAGAGAAAGAUUUUGAUAUAAUUGGGCAUCAAGUUAACGAAGGUGCAGUUGAAGUUCAAGUAACUGCUCCUGUGAAAAGAGAAGCGGAACCAGUGAGAAAACAUUCAUCAAGCAGAAGGGGAUCUUCAUCUUUCCACGGUGUGAAGGGUGUUGGAGAAGUUGUGAUGGUGAAUGAGGAGAAGGGUGUUUUUGGGUUGCCGGAUUUGAUGAAGGCGGCCGCAGAGGUGCUGGGAAAUGGAGGAUUUGGAUCGUCCUACAAAGCUGUGAUGACGAAUGGAGUAGCGGUGGUGGUGAAGAGGACAAGAGAGAUGAAUUCACUGGGAAAAGAUGAAUUUGAUGCAGAGAUUAGGAAGCUUGGAAAUAUGAAACACUGGAAUAUCUUGGCUCCUUUAGCUUAUCAUUACAGAAAGGAUGAGAAACUAGUGAUCUCUGAGUAUGUUCCCAGAGGCAGUCUACUCUAUUUGCUGCAUGGUGAUAGAGGACCAUCACACGCUGAACUGGAUUGGCCUGCUCGUUUAAAGAUUGUAGGAGGAAUUGCUGAUGGGAUGCAUUAUCUUCACACAGAACUUGCUUACUCAGAUCUACCUCAUGGAAAUCUCAAGUCCAGCAAUAUUCUACUUGGACCAGAUUAUGAACCAUUGCUUGUAGAUUAUGGGUUUGUCCAUCUUGUUCACCCUUCAAAUGCUCCACAAGCAUUAUUUGCUUAUAAGGCUCCUGAAGCAGCACAACAUGGCCAAGUUUCACCUAAGUGUGAUGUUUAUUGUUUUGGGGUUGUCAUACUUGAGAUACUCACUGGAAAGUUUCCUUCUCAAUAUCUUAGCAAUGGCAAGGGCGGAACUGAUGUAGUGCAAUGGGUUGCCUCAGCAAUUUCUGAGGGAAGGGAAGCAGAGUUACUUGAUCCUGAAAUUGCAAAUUCUAGAAAUUCAAUGGGUGAAAUGGAGAAGCUCCUUCAUAUUGGUGCAGCUUGCACUGAAAGUAACCCUCAGAAGCGAUUAGACAUGGCGGAAGCAGUUAGAAGGAUAGAGGAGAUAAAAGGCAAAGGUGGUCAAGAAUCUAGAACAAUAGAGGUGUUGCCAUCUCCCACAGAUGGCUAUGCAGAAUCUCAAAUGUUUGAUAACCAAGGGCACGGUGUCCAAUCACAGAGGAGACAUGAAUCAAACAGCUUUGGAAGCCAGGAUAAAUUGGAAUUUGGCAUCUCCUAAUUAACAGAUAGUUAACAAUUUAGGUACAAAGUGUGUCUUUAUUGGAAGAGGAUGUGUCAUGAUUGUCUCUUGGAAUUCAUAGAAAGAGAAUAGCAUAUUUGGAUGAGGGACAUGAGAAAUUUGGCACAUACCUUCUCUUUGAAGCUUGAACAUAUAGAUCAGGGACAUGGCAGGUAAGUUUACUGAUAUCUAGGACAAAGCUUUGUAGGAGUUUCAGAAUUACUUUCUCUGUCCUGUUUUUUUUUAUUAUUGUAAAUCUUUUAGUCACUGAUAUAAGACAUUUCUAUAAUACUCCCUCCCCUACUAAUAUCUUUGGUUGCAUCGCCUUAAAAACCUAUGAGAACUGGGAUUAAGACUUCUUGCAAUAUUUGAUGAAAGAUCACAAUCCACUAACCAAAUAAAAGGUGAUGAGGAGGCAGCCUACAUGUUGGUCAAUGAAAGUCCAGAAUUAGUUACUGAUAAAUUGGGUUUGUUCAAUUGGUAAAUGUAAUUUUGUGAUUGGUCAGAGAUAAUUGUUUUUACACAUCACUGGUUAUGUGUGAUUUAACUAAAUUAAUUUGAAUAAAUU